AUGUUUCAGCAUUUUAUUGUCGAUUUCUUUAUACAUUUCUGUACAUUUCAAAAGGAAUUUCAUAUAAGCGACUGUUUCUUUAUUUUAGAUUCGCAUAUCGCGUUGAUACGCCUUUCACAUAAGAAUCAUAUUUUUGCUGGUAAUAUUUCUUAUCUAUCUAUCUAUCUAUCUAUCUAUCUAUCUAUCUAUCUAUCUGACUAUAUAUUGAUAUUUUUGCUGGUAAUAUUUCUUAUCUAUCUAUCUAUCUAUCUAUCUAUCUAUCUAUCUAUCUAUCUAUCUGACUAUAUAUUGAUAUUUUUGCUGCUAAUAUUUCUUAUCUAUCUAUCUAUCUAUCUAUCUAUCUAUCUAUCUAUCUAUCUCAAUAUUUUUGCUGGUAAUAUUUUAUUAUCUAUCAUCUAUCUAUCUAUCUAUCUAAUCUCAAAACAGAACCCUAAUGACAGCAUAUCUACGUGGCACGAGACAGGUAUAGAUGUAGAAAAAGAAAGACAUUCAUGUGACAUCGAACGCCAACACAUCAUAUUUAAAAUUGAGAUUCAAUGUUAUUGCACGAUUUGA